ACCCUAUACAGCGAACAGCCCCUCGGCGUGCCGCAGUCGGGGGAAGACUUCCAUCGCCUCGGCGGUUUUGCAGAAUGCCGGUGCAGCUGACGACAGCCCUGCGUGUGGUGGGCACCAGCCUGUUUGCCCUGGCGGUGCUGGGUGGCAUCCUGGCAGCUUACGUGACGGGCUACCAGUUCAUUCACACAGAAAAGCACUACCUGUCCUUCGGCCUGUACGGGGCCAUCCUGGGCCUGCACCUGCUCAUCCAGAGCCUGUUUGCCUUCCUGGAGCACCGGCGGAUGCGGCGGGCAGGCCGGCCGCUCAAAGUCCCCGCUGCCCCGUCGCGGCGCUCGGUGGCACUCUGCAUCGCCGCCUACCAGGAGGACCCCGACUAUCUGCGCAAGUGCCUGCGUUCAGCCCAGCGCAUCGCCUUCCCUGACCUCAAGGUGGUCAUGGUGGUGGAUGGCAAUCGCCAGGAGGACGCCUACAUGCUGGAUAUCUUCCAUGAGGUGCUAGGCGGCACUGAGCAAGCUGGCUUCUUUGUGUGGCGCAGCAACUUCCAUGAGGCUGGGGAAGGAGAGACGGAGGCCAGCCUGCAGGAGGGCAUGGACCGCGUGCGGGAUGUGGUGCGAACCAGCACCUUUUCGUGCAUCAUGCAGAAAUGGGGAGGCAAGCGAGAGGUCAUGUACACGGCUUUCAAGGCUCUUGGCGAUUCAGUGGACUACAUCCAGGUGUGUGACUCUGACACUGUGCUGGAUCCAGCCUGCACCGUCGAGAUGCUUCGAGUCCUGGAGGAAGACCCCCAAGUAGGGGGAGUUGGAGGAGAUGUGCAGAUACUCAACAAGUAUGACUCGUGGAUCUCCUUCCUGAGCAGUGUGCGGUACUGGAUGGCCUUCAAUGUGGAGCGGGCCUGCCAGUCCUACUUUGGCUGUGUGCAGUGCAUCAGUGGGCCUUUGGGCAUGUACCGCAAUAGCCUCCUCCAGCAAUUCCUGGAGGAUUGGUACCAUCAGAAGUUCCUCGGCAGCAAGUGCAGCUUUGGAGAUGACCGCCACCUCACCAACCGGGUCCUGAGCCUUGGCUACCGGACUAAGUAUACAGCGCGCUCCAAGUGCCUCACAGAGACCCCCACCAAGUACCUCCGGUGGCUCAACCAGCAGACGCGCUGGAGCAAGUCUUACUUCCGGGAGUGGCUCUACAACUCUCUGUGGUUCCAUAAGCACCACCUCUGGAUGACCUACGAAUCGGUGGUCACAGGUUUCUUCCCCUUCUUCCUCAUCGCCACGGUCAUACAGCUUUUCUACCGAGGCCGCAUCUGGAAUAUUCUCCUCUUCCUGCUGACAGUGCAGCUGGUGGGCAUUAUCAAAGCUACCUAUGCCUGCUUCCUUCGGGGCAAUGCAGAAAUGAUCUUCAUGUCCCUCUAUUCUCUUCUCUAUAUGUCCAGCCUCCUGCCAGCCAAGAUCUUUGCCAUUGCUACCAUCAACAAGUCUGGCUGGGGCACUUCUGGCCGAAAAACCAUCGUGGUGAACUUCAUUGGCCUCAUCCCUGUGUCCAUCUGGGUGGCGGUCCUUCUAGGGGGACUGGCCUACACAGCUUAUUGCCAGGAUCUGUUCAGUGAGACAGAGCUAGCCUUCCUGGUUUCUGGGGCCAUCCUGUACGGCUGCUACUGGGUGGCCCUCCUCAUGUUGUAUCUGGCCAUAAUCGCCCGGCGAUGUGGGAAGAAGCCAGAGCAGUACAGCUUAGCUUUUGCUGAGGUGUGACACAGCCCCCCAAGCAGA